GGAAUUAUAAGCAAAGCAGGAUCAGUAGUGACCAGGCCGCGACGAGAGGUGGUCGCACGACCGGUAUAGGAUUAAAUUAUUUUAUAGUUUUUUGUGUCGUGAUUAAUUUAAGGACUUUGUGAAAUGAAGUGGGUGGUGAUAGCCAGCUUUAUCGUGUGUUUGGCGACGUUAAGUAAAGGAAGUGCACUAAGAAGCACGCCAGAAUCAAAAGAUGCAGCGUCAUUAAAAUAUAAUGCAGAAAGAGAUUUAACAGAAAUCUCAAGUGCAGUUAGACAUGUACGCGGGACGAGGGGAGAGGAGUGCCUCGCUGGAAGUCAGUGGGAGAGUAAUUGCCACAAAUGUACUUGUACAGAAAACGGGCGAGCAGAAUGUCAUCGAAUGGAAACAUGUAAAAGAACGCAUGAGGUAAAAAAAUUAUCUGACGGCGUAGAAUGUUUGCCGCGAUCGAGUUGGAAGAGCAAGUGUAACAGUUGCUUCUGUUCUGAAGAUGGACAUCCCGCAUGCACUGAUAUGGCUUGUCCUGGACAAGAGGAUGAACCUGAAGUGACUUGUGCUCCCGACACGACAUGGAAAAUCGAAUGCAACACUUGUACUUGUUCACCAGAGGGAUACGCUAUGUGCACAAAGAUGGGCUGUGGGUUGUUCAUAGUGUCCGAUUUCAAUCCUAUCAAUGACCAAAAUGAGCAAGACAAAUCUGAACAGGUGUUAAGGUCAUCAUCGAGUAAUAAAUCCGUGGUAUGUGCCGCUAAUCGAAUGUUCGUCAAAGAUUGUAAUACUUGUUGGUGCAAUGAAGACGGCACCAGUUAUUUUUGUACAAGAAAAGUUUGCAUAGCCGAAUUGCCUGAUGAUGUGAAUGAAGAAAAGCCAGAGAAUCUACAGGAAAUCAAACGUAAAUGUAGACCCGAUGAGGUGUUUGAGCUAGACUGUAACACAUGCAGAUGUUCACAAGAUGGAACAUCAUUUUCUUGCACUAGGAAGGCGUGUGUGCCUGAAGAAAAGGGCAAGAACGUGUCCUUGAACAGAAGAAUCAGAGCCAGUUCGCAGGGGACGCCGAAGGCUUGCCAACCAGGUCAAGAGUUCAGGAUGGACUGCAACAAGUGCCUCUGUAACAACGAGGGCCAGGACUACUCCUGCACACGUAUUGACUGUGCGGCUUUAAACAGCAACGGCAAUGCUGGUGUCAGAACUAAGAGAGAGGUGACAACACAAGUAAAGUCAGAAUGCGAGCCUGGAAGUGUAUUUAAUCAAGGCUGCAAUCCGUGUCGUUGCACAGACGAUGGAAAUCAUGCGACCUGCGCAUUGAAACGAUGCAACGAAAACGCCAAUGAAAAUGAUAAGAAUUUGCCGGAAUCUGAUCCCAGUUUCCGUUGCAACCCCGGCGAGCAGUACAAACGGGACUGCAAUGACUGCACUUGUUCAGCUGAUGGCAAAAGCAUUUUCUGCACACUUCGAUUCUGUGACCAGGACUUAACGCCUACAAUAUAAUCGUAAAUAAUCAUCCGAAACCGUCUUUACUUUCCCAACAGCUAUAAUAGUACAUAAUAAAUUUUAGCCUUACAAAAAUAUACGGUUAAAAUUUUCAUUACAAGCGAUCCAUUACAGUAUUUAAAUGAUAAAAAAUUAAUAAAUUUAAUUCUGAUCAAUAAAGUUAUAAAUUUUAUUGUAUUUUGAUUUCUGAAUUUUCUUUUAUAAGGACUCUGUUAAAUCCUGAAUUUCAUUAGUGUUAAGUUUUAACACAAUUUUGAUGUUCUGUGAUUUAGAUGAGCUCGGUAAAGUUUUUGAAACGAAUCAAAGUGAUCUUAGGACUUAUGAUCAUUAACGGCUUUUAAAUGUUGCUUAGGCGGUGAUAAGUUAAACGAUGCUGUUUCUUCUCUCGAAUUUAAAAUGAUAGAUGAUAGAAAGAGAAAUAAAUGUUUGACUUAACCGCUAAAAAAGUUAUAAAUAAGGCCGUAAAGUUUUAAAGUAUUUAAUUCGUUCACUUAAUUUAGUUUUUAUAAGUAUGUUUUCUUAUAUUAUUUGAUAAGUUCAGCUAUUUUUGUAUUUUGCAUUUCGGUAAACAAAUAAAUUUAAUCUAAUUGACAUCAUUAAAUCGUUUCGUAGUGUCAGCUGGACCUGUUUCUCCUUCAUUGUAUUAUUUUUCCAAGUGUGAUUAUUAUUAUAGUUCUCAUGCGAUCACAAUUAAAAAAACAUUAAUUAUUAACACGUUAUCUGCGCAGAUCCGUGAGUGCAAAACUGAUUUUAAAUAAAACUAAACAUUUUUAUAAUAACACUCUUUUAUCUGAGUAAGAUUUAAAUGACUUUAAAUUUCAUCAAUAAUUUUUAUUUCAUCAGUAACUGAUAUUCGCGUAUUUUACUGUCUCUUCAAUUUCAUGGUAAUCGUACAACGAAAACGGUAGACAAUCUUUUCACUAUAACAUAAAUCACACUUUUCAAGUAGGAUUUUAACAAUGAUUACACUGUAUUUUUCGUAAUCACAGAUUUAGAUAUUUGACAUCUUCAACUGCGACCAUUCUGUUUUAAAUUAUAUUGACACAAAUGUAGGUAAUAUAUAAUUACUUCUUCCGAGGUUUCCAUAGCAACCAAUAUUUUUAAAUACAAACCAACUCUAGUAUUGUGAGCGUAAUAAUUUCUUGGUUAUUUAUCGUAGGUAGCGAAUUAUUUUCGGCUUAAAGUAGCUUUUAUACUUUAACGUACUCAUGUAUUAGACAAUAUACAUUAUAUGUGUGAAUUUAAUCACGAAACGAAUAAAGAGUUUUGAUUUUA